GCCACCGUGUGACCAAGACGCGGUAAGGUGGAAGGAACUGGGCUGGGCAGCGGGCUCACAGGAGCAGCAGCACCUCUCUUCAUAAUCCUCCACAUAUCGGAUACUGAUUGUCCACUGAACAACUGCAUGAUGCAUUAAAGAUCAAAGGUGAACUUGCGAAGCAGAAAUGAGUCUGACUUCCUGGUUUUUGGUGAGCGGUGGGGGGAUACGCCAUCGUCUUCCCAGGGAGAUGAUCUUUGUGGGAAGGGAUGACUGUGAGCUCAUGUUGCAGUCCCGCAGUGUGGACAAACAACACGCCGUCAUCAACUAUGAGCCAAACACAGACGAACAUAAAGUGAAGGACUUGGGCAGCUUAAAUGGGACAUUUGUCAACGAUCUGAGAAUACAGGAGCAAAUCUAUGUCACGCUGAAAACUGAUGACAAAUUGAGGUUUGGAUAUGAUACCAACCUGUUCACUGUGGUUCGAGGAGAGCUUCAUAUUCCUGAAGAGGCCCUCAAGCACGAGAAACUGAGCAGCCAGCUUCAGCUGAACCAGAAGAAACCUUCAGAGGCAGAAUCGUCCAAGUCUGAGACAAAACCCUCAGAGGCAGCUGCAGCCUCUUCAAACGCUGUUGCUCCUGCAGCCUCAGAGGUCAGCAGGUCAGAGGAAAAAACAACAGGAGACACAACAGUUUUGCACCGUGGCACCCCCCUUUAUGGCCAGCCUGCUUGGUGGGGAGAUGGAGACACCAAUGAUCCGCAGCCAGGAAGGCCAGAGGAGAAGAGCUCAGACCGAAAGAGAGAAAAAGCUGAAACAGAAACCAAGAAAAGUGCAGAGAUUCUGAAGUCUACCCCGCAAACAGCCCCCAACCAAGAGCCAAGUUACUUUGAAAUCCCAACUAAGGAUACACCACCUUCUUGUAAAGUGAGUGAUGAACCCCCCUCACAAGAACAAGAAACUGGUGCUUCUGCUGCUGCAGAGCCCAUCCAAGGCCAUGCCUCCUUCACCAUUGAGUUUGACCCCGGGGCAUCAGGUAAAGUGACUGUCAAAGAUCGAGUGGCAAAAGUAGGACCAGAGACCCGACCACGUCCUAAAAGGGCAGGUGGGGAAGAGCUGAGUCCCCUUCAAACAGCCAUGGUAGCAGCGGAGGUUAAAGUUGCUGACUGGUUGGCUCAGAAUGAGCUGCCAUUGGCUGUAAAAGAGACAGUUGCAGAAGAUGAUGGAGAAAGUGUUAAGAGUGAUGUUCCUGUGCAACUGAGAAGUCUCAAAGGCAGUAAACACGAGGAUGGCACUCAGAGUGAUUCAGAGAAUGCACUAGGAGAACAACGCAGGGCUGCAGCUCUGGAAGAGCGCCCGUGGGGUCUUUGGGGCAGCCGUGGGAUGAAGAUCAGAGAGGGCCGUGCAAAUGUACCGGAGGGUCUCUUUGCGGAGGAGGACAGUCCUGCGCGUCGUCGCAAGUCUUCAGUUUCCAAAGUGGCAAGUGGACUGGCAGAGAAGCGACGUGGCUCGGCACCGCAUCAGCAGAGUGGGCGCAAUGAGAGCCAUCGCCAUGGAGAUGACUUCAGUGACAGAGGGACUUACAUCAUUGAGUUGGAGAAUGGAGAUAAUGAAGAGGAGGAGGCUAGGAAACUAAUUGACAAAGUGUUUGGCGUGGAUGAGCAGUGUGUUUCUAGGUUAGGGGGCCAUGGCCAAAGAGAGAGGCUCCCUUCCCAGAGGUCUGGUACUGGGGACAAAGGACAGCCAGGACACUUGGAGACAGAGAUUUUGUCUGAAGAGUUGAUGGUGGGUGGUCCUCGCUGGGUGUCACAGUGGGCUACUCUUGCUGCCAGCCACAUCAGAACAGACCCUGAGGGAUCAGGAGGGGACAGCCAUAUCAUGGUCACAGAGGAAAGAGCUGAAAAAAGUGAAUCCAGCCAUUCGGCCUCUGUUGUGUCCUCUGGGUACACGGAGCGUAAGAGAAGAACCCUUCCCCAACUACCUGGUGAGGACCUCAUCCGUGGGAGGAGGAUCCCAGGUGAAGGUCUGCGUACAGAUAUGGGGGAAAAACAGGAUACAGAGCUACAGGAAAAGGAGAACCAAGAGGGGAGGAUGUCCAAAGGAAAAAAUCACCCUGGUCGUGGUACUGGAGGUGUGGAGAGUCAUGGUGGCAGCCCCAGUCGGUCCUUAUCAGCCAAAUCAGCGGACAGUAGUGGUGCGAGAUCAGGUGUGUUCACCAAACCCUCCAUUCGUCCACUGACCAGUGGGGAGAAGAGAAUGGAGGAGGCACAAAGGAGGAAAAAGGAAGAGGAGAAAGCUAGGGAAAGUACUGGGAAACCAUUACUGAGACAGGAGAGUUUUACUGUUGACAAACCGAGCUCCAAUGUACCCAUUGAGCUCAUACCUCGCAUCGAUGGGUUCACAGGCAGCAGAACCCAAAGUAGAGAAGCUGGUAUUGACAGUGCCACACUUCAGAAAGACUCCGAAGCUGUCGCAGCCUUUCUAGAAACCACUGUAUCAGACCAAGGGGAUCCCCCGAGUCAGUCUAUUGAAGGCUCCAUGUCACCAGAGUCAGAUGUGGACACAACAAGCACAGUAAGCCAGGCUGACGGAGUGAGAAAAGUAGUCCAGAAACGUAGAACUCUAGCAGGACAGCAGAAGGAAAGAACAGUGGUGUGUUCCUCCAGCAAGAGUACUGCUGGAAGCAAGGACACUCAGGACCGGAAACUCAAGAACAGAACAUCUGGUGCUCAACAACCUAAUCGCCCCUGGACCUCCCUGGACCUAACUGAUGAUGAUGUAAACUCCAAUUCUCUUCUUUCAGACUCACAACCCGCCUCCAUGCAAGAAUCCAGAGGCUCAGGUGUUAGAGUCCAAACUGGGGGCACAACAGUCGGGGCUAGCACCAAGUCUAGUCGGGCUAAGGUAACCCAGGCCCCAGCUUCCUCUGCAACAACUAAAACCACUAACGUCUCCAAACCUAGGCCUACCAGGACAUCUCUGCUACGUCGAGCCCGACUUGGAGAUUCAUCAGACACAGAACCUGCUGAUCUGGACAGAAUGUCAGUGGCCUCUGAGGCGUCCACUGCUAGUUCUGCAUCCAGGACAGGGCUGGCAAGAAGGGGAAUGUCCAGAAUAGAGGCUCUGGCACAACCAAGAAGACCAAGGGUUGGAUCUCCCUCUGCCCAGAGUGACUCAGAGGCCACUGUGACAAGGAACAGAGGUCUGGGGCCCCGCAGUACAGCAGGGGAUUAUGCCAUUAGACAAGGACUGAGAGGGUCCAAUGUGCCCCCAGUCUGUGGACCUAGAGCCAGAGCUAACAGCGCCUCCAAGCUGCCUGAUAAAAGUAAAGGAACCAACUUUUCAUAUGGGCAUGUUACACCUGCAUCUGGCACGCGAUGGCGCCGUGUGCCUGUGGACUAUGCCUCCACCUCAGAGGAUGAGUACGGCUCAAAUCGGCACAUAUCUACACAGGGACACACAAGGCCUUUCCCAUCCACUCGAGUCGCCCAGUUAGGAGGUUCAGCCCCAGCAACCCCAAAUCCUGCAGGAUUGGCUACCUUAAAGCAGAACUCCAGGGAUCAGGAUGAGUAUAUGAGAGACUGGACAGCACACAGCGAGGAGAUAGCCAGGAUCAGCCAAGAUUUAGCUAAAGACUUAGCAAUGCUCGCCAGAGAGAUUCACGAUGUGGCAGGAGAGAUUGACUCAGUCAGCCCAGCAGCAACUGACCCUGGAGCUCUGGUAAAGUCAUCACAUUACCUGGAGGAGUCUGCAUUUGAUGACAGCUUGGGCCUCGUUGCAGAGCACAGCAGUGGCCAGUCUGUUGAGCUCCGACAACGAGGCUCCAAUGGACAGAGCUCCCGGUCUAUCCGUCGACAGACAUGGAACAGAGAUGAUGCAGUUCUAGACAGUCUGCUACUCGCAUCUGUGAACCAACUCUCUACCAGGAUACGCCAGUCUGUUGACAAAACUGCCUGCAAAAUCAGAAUCCUCUUCAAGGAUAAAGAACAAAAGUGGGAGGAGAUUGAGACCAAACUGCAGGCAGAGCAUGACUCGUUACUACUCAAGAGCUCCAACAAGGAAAUUUCUACAAUUAUUCAAGAUCUGAAGAGGGUGGAAAGACAGCUCACAGUAAUCGACAUGAUGGUGGACCCAGAUGGUACUCUGGAUGCUCUUUCCAUUCUGGGCCUGACAAGUCCUUUAACUGACCAGAAGAUCAAUCCUGGGACUGGGCAGGGGGCAUCAGUUCUGCAGACUGAAGCAGUGGAAACUUCUUCCAGCACACUCUCAAGCCUCAGGCCUGAAGGACUGUCCACUGACCCUCAUGGCUCUUCAGACCACACCAAAGUGGCAGAAUGAGACCCAGGCCCCCAUCAGGUCUCACAAUCCUACAACUGACAAACUAAGGAACUAUUUCAGAAUGGAUUCUUCGUAUCAGACAUGUCCUGAAACCCCUGGAAUUGACCUUGGUGUAAGUUGUAAAGAUUAUUUUUUGUAUUUGGUUUGAGACAAGAUGAAGAUGCCUUUUCAAUGCUAAAGCAAAUCAUGCUGGGGCUGUAUACAGUCAAAGAGAAGCUCUUGGCGUGAUGGACACACUACAGUAUUUAUUGUUUCGCUUAUGAAGGAACUAU